CUCGGUCGCCCUCAUCUGAAAACCUCAUCAAACCACAAAUAAAACUUAAAGAUGUCUGAGAGAAAGGUGCUCAACAAAUACUACCCACCGGACUUCGAUCCAGCCAAAAUCCCGAGAAGGAAGCUAGCCAAGGAUCGUCAACAGGUCGUCAGGUUGAUGGCACCCUUCUCUAUGCAAUGUUUAUCUUGUACUGAAUUUAUUUACAAGGGGAAGAAAUUUAACGCCCGAAAAGAAGCGGCUGCUGGUGAGCAUUACUUUGGGAUCAAAAUCUUUAGAUUUUAUAUCAAGUGUCCUCGGUGCUCAAAUGAAAUCACAUUCAAGACCGACCCUAAACACUCCGAUUAUGUGGCUGAGCAUGGUGCCCAGAGAAACUUCGAACCGUGGAGAGAGGAGGAAGCGGCAAAGAAUGCGGGCUCGGAUUCGGAAGAUGAUGUGGAACGACUUCUUGCUGUUGAACAGGCCGAACUCGAGGAAGAACAAGAAGAUUCGAUGCGAAGCUUAGAGAAGAAUCAAAUCGAAAGCAAACGAGAGAUGGAGAUAUUGGACAAGUUGCAAGAGAUCAGAACUCGGAAUGCGCGUCUUGAACGAUCUGCAAACGGACGUGGAGCAGAUGGAGUGCUUGCGAGUGUCAGCAGUCGAAUUCAAUCUGGUCUGGCGGGCGCAAAGGAAGUACUGGAACAGGAACGUCAAUUGAAAGAACUCGAAGAGGAUGAGGCUGAAGUCGCGAAAUAUUUUACAAAGUUUGCUGCUCUACCCAACAAAUCAAUGCCCAGUAUCCAAGAACACGAUGAUAAUGAUGAUGAUGAUGGACCGAAGCCAUCUGGCUCUGGAAGUCAUCUUGAACAGGAAGCUGGCGAAAAAGACGAUCGACAACAUAGUGCAAUUAAUCAGACACGAGAAACCAUCACCCAACCUACGCCUGAAAGCAUCACAAUCAAACGGAAAUUUACCGAUGUCGAACCUGAUGUUCAUUCCUUGCUCUCGGAAAAAUCUCGGGAGAUGUUGGCAAAUGCGUCUGGGUUCACCAAGCUUCCCCCAAAGAAAAAGAAAAAUGCUACCGUCAAUGCAUUCGGUGUUAAAAUCAUAAAGAAAUCGUAAAAUCAUCAAAUGCUAUUCACAAGUUUGUAAUCCUAUCAUGUAGGAUAUUCGACUGUGCCGUUGCCCAUGCUGCUCAAGGAAUACACUCAAGUCGACUGUUGACAUUAAUUCAUUGCACACCUGAACAGAAGAGAAUGACUCGACCCUUGUGAUGAAGCAAUUCUUUGAGUUAAAUCUCACCUCUCCCUCAGAAUAAAGUUGCCAAGCAAUUGAGCACUUAUCUUAACCAGCAACUUUCCCCAUAUUGAAAUUAAUUUACUGGACAUCUAUUAUAUUCCCUCUUUGUAUAUAUCAUCAAAUGUUGUAAUUUUGAAACACUAUGAUGGAGGUUGUUCACCCCCAUAACAUGUGGUGCAAAAUCACAAAGAUUUCAUAA